CAUUGCAUAUCUGAUAGCAAUCAGAUAGAGGUUAUCAGUGUGUUUAUUAUAGUUAUGGACUAUAUGUUAUCUUAAACGUUAUGUUACAAAACGUAAUCGACUAUGGCAAGGUGAAAUUAUGAACAGCUGAACAACUAAUAUAAAAUCACACAUCUUUGUCUGCAUAAUGUGACACAGUUACUAGCGUAAUGGGGUCAGUUAAACCCGGGAAGGAGGACUUGGUAAAUCUAAUAGGAAAACAAGAAGUCGGGGAUCAUUCGAUAGGCGCACCGUUGUAUACAGGUAUACGUAGUAAGCAACAUACUUACGGUGGGACGGACAGCUGGACGCACACAGGGACGGAUACAUCUAGCAGUGGAAUUGAUAACCCCAGCUUCUAUAAAAAUGUGGUCACUGGCCAGGAGAAGGAGGUUGACACAUUCCAAGUCAGCAAGUCAGAAGAUGUUAAAGAUGGAGACGAUGAUAAUGACAACGAUAGUGUGACAGGUUGUCCACGUUGCGUCGGGGCCAUUCAGAAUCACCUCGGUGACCUCUACACAAGCCAUAAAACAGUAAUACGUAAUAUCUUUUACGUCACACUGUUGCUGCUCUACAUAGCUUACUUCUCCUACGCCAUGUACUUCCGGUUUGGUGAUGAGGGUUCUGUGCGCCUGCUCGUCGUCACUGCCCUAGUUGCAGUGGGCUUGUCUGUUACGUUACUAAUGGAACUCUAUGGAACUAAACUGGGAAUAUGUUGGCGUCACGUGUCGAGUGAAAAAACGAAAAGGAAGGCUUCAAAAAGCAUCAACAUAUUCCUGUCGGUUGGAACAUCCAUUUUUGCUGUGGUGUACGUCAUCGUGGAAAUUGCACUGAAAACUCCCCGAAAUCUGGUCUCCGCAGGGGGUCUUGCAACUCUCGUUCUCCUUUUUUAUAUAUUCUCCGUCAAUCCUGCUAAGGUAAAGUGGCGACCCGUGUUCUGGGGUCUCAUGCUCCAGUUCCUGUUUGCUCUCAUCAUCCUCAGGUCCAAAGGGGGAUACGAUAUGUUCGAAUGGAUCGGAGAGAGAUUCGCGGAAUUCAUCAAGUACUCGGACAAAGGAGCUGAAUUUGUGUUCGGGGAAAACUACACAGACCAUUUCUUUGCGUUUUCGGUGUUGCCCGUCAUUGUUUUCUUCAGUACGUCUGUCUACAUUCUCUAUUACCUUGGCGUAAUGCAAUUUAUCAUUCGGAACGUCGCACGUUUUCUUGCAAAUGCCUUGGGAACCUCUCCAGCUGAAUCAUUGAAUGCUGCAGGGAACAUCUUCCUUGGUCAGACCGAAGCUCCACUAAUGAUCCGACCUUUCCUGUCAAAAUUGACAAAGUCUGAGCUACACGCCGUGUGCACAGGAGGGUUCGCCACAAUAGCCGGAAGUGUCAUGGCUGCCUACAUUCUUUAUGGUGUACCGGCCAAUCACUUAUUGUCUGCCUCCGUGAUGUCGGCUCCGGCGGCCCUAGCCAUGUCAAAGCUCUUCUACCCAGAGACGGAAAAGUCCGAAAUCGAAUCCAGCGAUGUUUACAAAAUGUCUAAAGGACCAGAGCGAAACAUAGUGGAGGCAGCGUCAACGGGGGCGACACAGUCCAUCAAACUUGUUGCAAACGUCGCAGUGAACCUGAUUGCGUUCGUCUCACUCUUGGAAUUUGCCAAUGCUACGCUUAAAUGGUUCGGGAAUAGAGUAGGGAUGGAGAAACCGAACGACGAGCUUACAUUUGAGUUUAUAUGCUCCUACGUCUUCUGGCCACUGGCUUUCAUGAUGGGUGUGGACACUGGCGAUUGUCCGAAAGUGGCCGAACUAGUGGGAAUAAAAACCUUUAUAAACGAGUUUGUAGCGUACACGGCACUGUCUACGUACAUCAAGAACGCUCAGAAUCUCAGUUGGUAUGAGGGCCUCGCUCAUAGCAACAAUACAAACAUCACUUCCGGUGUGUUUAACGCCACCUGGCGGUACGACAAUGGAGACAUCGUAUAUGAUGAUCUCAACAUAACGUUAAUUGGAGGAGUUCUUUCGGAGAGAUCUGUUGUCAUAUCAACGUAUGCCCUGUGUGGUUUCUCCAAUAUCUCCUCCAUCGGUAUCAUGCUUGGUGCGCUUGGCGCCAUGGCACCGUCUCGGAAAAGUGACCUGUCUCAAGUUGUCGUUAGGGCCAUGAUCGCAGGCAACGUAGCGUGCUUCAUGACCGCCUGCAUAGCUGGUUUACUGUACGAGGGAGAACUGUGAGCGUAUUGCUGACUGAAGUAGACUGUUGGACAUUUCAGUUGAUACUUCAGUAGUUAUCAUCAUUUUGGAAUCUCCAAAUAAAGCUGGUUCAAUUUAGGUGUUUAAAUUAGCCAACCUCAAUUAGUCCUAUGCGUUUCUGAGCGAUAUCUGGACGCUUAUUGCCCGUUUCCAGCCCGGUAGCCUUAGCUUGGUGAUACUGUAUUAACAUAUUUUGCAAUGGGUUAUUUUCACAAUUUUGAUGGUUGUGUGCAUCUGUAAAUUCCAUUGAGCAGUAAAUCAAGUAACACGUUCAGUAUUGAGGGAUGAAACUGAACAAUGCGCAAAUAAGUUAUAAUGGAAAAACCGCGAAAAAAUAAACGAUACAAAAAAUCGAGUAGAAUUAUUACAAGUUUGAUAUAUUAUGAUCAUUUGUUUGUGAGAGUAACGUCAUUAUUUUUGAGAAAACGACUUAAUUUUC